GCGCCUUCCUUGCUCAGGAGGAAGGAAAAACUUAUGGGAGCCACCCCGAGCCUCCAGUAGCAGAGAAGUAUCUCGCGAAGGGUCUCUGGGUGCUAAGGGGAUGGGACGCCAGACCGAUUGACGGCGUAGACCCGCCAGGUCGCCGGAAGUGUCUCCAAGAGCUAGGAGGUGGGGAGAGAGAGUGGGCACUGAGGUUUCGUAGUGCCCUAGUCCGUUUAGAUUCCACAUUUUCUCUAACAGCGAGUAGUGAACUUAGGAUCCCCCCACGCCUGUCUUGGGAAGAGUCUUUUAUGGAACCUCGUGAAAAGUGUCACCAAAGUACCUUAGCCAGGGCUGCAGGAUAUUUUUUACUACUGUGCUUACUGAAUAAGCGCUGGAACGAUUUUAGCAGCUUUGGACGGAAGAGUGGCUUAACUCCAUCAGAACGCCGCGCUGACCUGCGUGGGCGGAGCCAGAGCUGUGCCCACAGUCGAGCGUGGUAGCUCCCGCCGCCUGUAAUUCCAGCGUUCCCGGAGUUGAGACAGGAGGAUUGCGGCGAGUUCGAGGCCAGCCUGGGUUGCAUAGUUAGACCCAGUCUCAAAACCAACAAAAACCAAACAUAGAGUUGGGCCCACCCGGAACCUAGCGCCGGAAGCUUGUCCGUGUAGGAAUACGGCUCGGAGGCGAGACAGGAAGUGUUCCUAGGCGGAAGUUUCAGGGGGAAGCUUUAGCACCUGGGACACUUCCUGAUUCCUAGUAACAAUAGGAAGUGUCCGCGGAACUGGGGUAGACUCUUGACUGGUACCAGCCGUGCCCUGUUACCCCUAGCUCCUUCUUUUCCCCGCUUCUUUCCCUCGUCCUCCACCCCCGGGAACCCUGGCUGAGAGUGCGUGUGUGUGAGCUCGAGAACCCUCGCACCAGCCACCACUUAGGGCUCGCGGCUGCAGUUAGGGUAAGGGUCCCAGUGCGCAGGCGCGCUCCCGUUCACGACCUCCAACGGACGCGCCGGCGGCGGGAACCAGAAGGCACUCCUGGUGCGAGGUAGGGAUCUAGAGAGGAAAUUGGCAGAAGAGACUAGUGACUCUAGAGAGUCGUGAUGGUGGUUGGUUAGGGAAAGGGACUCUUACAUGACGAAGUUUUGAGAAAAGAGAAUUCCGGGAACAGAUUCAGCUGGUGAGAUUAGAAAUAGUGUUAGGGUACCAGGAGACUGGAAUCCGCCUCGGAGAAAGAGAAGAUGAUGUGGCGGAAAUGAGUGACAGCUACUGGGAAAGCGAGGGCUUUGGAAUGAAGAUUGCCUCUUGCAGCCUUGACCCCUUCUGCAGGGAAAGAUGCUGCUGCCACCUGUCUGUUACUCCUGAACCUCCAGGUUUUCUACCACGUUGCCCCAUGGAGGACAUGCCCCUCUCAAUCAGUUGCUCUGACUGUCAGCGCCACUUUCCCAGCCUCCCGGAACUAUCACGGCAUCGAGAGCUGCUUCAUCCAUCCGCCAACCAGCACAGUGAGGAAGCUGACAGUGUCCAGCGGAACCACGAGCCUGGGCUUUUCCCCUGUACCACCUGUGGCAAGGACUUUACUAAUCCCUUGAGCCUCCAGAACCACAUGAGGACUCAUGCUCCCGAGGGCCUCCAAAGGCACAGGACCCUACAUGCCAAGGAAACUACUUCACAUCAUCAGAGUGAGACAAUGGCUGCUGAACCCUGGGGUCAGAGGCUUGGCUCUAGGGAAGGCUGGGGAAAUCAGACGAAGCAUGUACGAGAGACACAUGAAUGUGAUGCUGGAGUGGAUCCCAGCACAGAUCCGGGGACCUGGGAAGAUCCACUGACAAAACAAAGAGAAGACUUAGAAAUGCAACCAGAUCCUAAAGGAAGUGCAGAGGACUGGGUACCCACCACCAAUUCUGAUGGAGCGCCACUGCUCCCCACUCCAGCUAGCAGCCUCCUCAGCAAUUUGGAACAAUAUUUGGCUGAAUCGGUAGUGAACUUCACAGGGAGCCAGGAGUCCACUGAGCCUCUUCCUGCUGAGGAGGAGCGAAGAUACAAGUGCAAUCAGUGUGGAAAGACCUACAAGCAUGCUGGGAGCCUCACCAAUCACCGCCAGAGCCACACUCUGGGAAUCUACCCUUGUGCCAUCUGUUUUAAGGAGUUUUCUAACCUUAUGGCUCUGAAGAACCACUCACGACUCCACGCUCAGUAUCGGCCGUACCACUGUCCCCACUGCCCCCGUGCCUUCCGGCUCCCUCGGGAUCUGCUGGAACAUCAGCAGUCCCAUGAGGGGGAAAAGCCAGAACAGCCGUGGGAAGAGAGAGAGAUGCCUACUACGAAUGGACACGCAGAUGAGAGGAGCUGGAAUCAGCUACCUAAAACACAGAUGCUGAACGGUUCUGGGGAUCUAGAGGAUGGUAGCCAAGAGGAGUAUCGACCUUUCUGUUGUAGGGACUGUGGCCGGACUUAUCGCCAUGCAGGUAGUCUCAUCAACCAUCGAAAGAGUCACCAAACAGGUAUCUACCCCUGCUCAGUUUGUUCCAAGCAGCUAUUCAAUGCAGCUGCUCUGAAAAACCAUGUUCGUGCUCAUCAUAGACCCCGGCAAGGAGCUGGAGAAGAUGGCCAGUCAUCAGUGUCCUCAACUGCCCUUAUGUCGGCUGAGACUACCCAAAAAGAAGAAGAGGUCCUCACAACCAACCUGGACCAUCGUCCCUAUAAGUGCAACGAAUGUGGUCGGGCUUAUCGCCACAGGGGGAGCCUGGUGAACCACCGCCACAGCCAUCGGACAGGAGAAUACCAGUGCUCACUCUGUCCUCGGAAAUAUCCCAACCUUAUGGCUCUGCGCAACCACGUGCGCGUCCAUUGCAAGGCCACGCGCCGAAGUACAGACCCGGGGACUGAGGGUUCCCCUAGCCCUGUCAAGAGGGAACAACCUGACCCAGUGGGAACAGAAGCAGCAUUCCCCACAGAUCAGGGGCGGGUAUACAGACAAGAAGAAGCCACCAGUAUUCCCCCAACGGCAGAUAAGACAACGCCACAGAUAUGUAACAUUUGUGGUAUGUUCUUUGAAGAUCUCAAGAGUCUGGAGCAUCAUGGCAGGACACACAGGGCAGGGGAAGGAGAAAAGAGCAGGACAGACAACACCAGGUCACCACCUAGAACAUUUGCUUGUCGAGACUGUGGGAAGAGCUAUCGCCAUUCGGGCAGCCUUAUCAACCACAGGCAGACCCAUCAGACAGGAGACUUCAGCUGUGGGACCUGUGCCAAGCAUUUUCAUACUAUGGCUGCCAUGAAGAGCCAUUUACGACGUCAUAGUCGGCAGUGGAAUAGGAGGCGUCAGAAACAGGAUAGUACUGGUGAGGAGGAGUCCAAAUGCCCACCUGUGGGCACCUGGACUCAGAAGUUGGAAAAUGAUGAGGGCUUGGAGUCUUCCCAAGACCCUCUGGGAGAAAGUCCUUGUGGAACUGAGGGCCACCUGGCGAGGGGUGGGGACUGCUUGCAGGCAGGAUCCCAAGACAGCGAAUAUGGGCUUGGAAGGGAUGAAUCCCAUUUCCUGGGUGGUAAAGAGGACACUGGCACCGAGGAAGGACUAGAAAAGAAGGAAGCCUGUUUCCUUCACCACAUGGACAACCCAGGUGAUAAAGAAGGCAGUGAGGCUGGCUUUUGUGAAAGCCUCCCUGGGGUGGAUAGUGACCAGAAACCGGGCAUUUGCCAGUCCGACUCCUCUCCCCCUGCUCACGGCGACACUGUCUGGAAGGCAGAAGUCACUCACACAUGUUCUGAUUGUGGGGAUUCUUUCCCCCAAGCUGCCGACCUGCUGAGCCAUAAGUCCUGCCACCCUCCAGGCAUCUACCAAUGCUCUCUCUGUCCAAAGGAGUUUGAUUCUCUGCCUGCCCUGCGUAGUCACUUCCAGAACCACAGACCAGGGGAGGUCGCCUCAGCACAGCCCUUCCUCUGCUGUCUGUGCGGGAUGAUCUUUCCUGGGAGAACUGGCUACAGGCGCCACCUGCGCCAGGUUCAUGGUGCUUCUGGCAUACCUGAGGGCUCAGAAGAGGAGGAAGAAGGCACAGCGGAAGCAGCCUCUACCCACAGUCCUCCUCUACAGCUCUCCGAAGCAGAGCUGCUGAAUCAGCUUCAGCGAGAAGUGGAAGCUCUAGAUGGAGCAGGUUAUGGGCACAUUUGUGGCUGUUGUGGUCAGACCUAUGAUGACCUGGGGAGCCUGGAGCGUCACCAUCAAAGUCAGAGUUCCAGCAAUAUGACCGAGAACGUUCCUAGCCACUUGGAAGGAUUGGGUGAUGCGGUAGAAAUGGUUACAGAUGAUGUCUUUGAGGGCACAGUGACCUCUAUUUCAGAAGAAGGUGGGGACACACAGUCUGAGGAGGGAGCAGGUGGCACAGUUGUAAACAGCCUUUGCAUGCAGGCUGGUGAAAGCUUCCCCAAGUCCCAUCCCCGCCCUUUCCAAUGUAACCAGUGUGGCAAGACCUAUCGCCAUGGAGGCAGCCUGGUGAAUCACCGUAAGAUCCACCAGACAGGCAACUUCAUCUGCCCUGUCUGUUCCCGCUGCUACCCCAACCUGGCUGCCUACCGGAAUCAUCUGCGCAACCACCCUCGCUGCAAAGGUUCAGAGCCCCAAGUGGGGCCUAUCGCAGAGGCAGGAGGCAGCAACGAACCCCAGAAUGUGGCAGAGGCAGGGCAGGAACAGGCAGUCGUAGGGCAGCUCCAGGAAGAACUUAAAGUGGAGCCCUUGGAGGAGCUGGCGGGAGUAAAAGAAGAAGUGUGGGAAGAGACCAAGGUAAAGGAGGAGGAGCUGGAGCAGAGGCUGGAGACGGCAGAGAAAGGCUGUCAAACUGAAGUUAGCUCUGAGCGGCCCUUUAGCUGUGAAGUGUGUGGCCGAACCUACAAGCAUGCUGGCAGCCUCAUCAAUCACCGGCAGAGCCACCAGACUGGCCACUUUGGCUGUCAGGCCUGUUCCAAGGGCUUUUCAAACCUCAUGUCCCUUAAGAACCACCGGCGCAUCCAUGCAGACCCUCGGCGUUUCCGCUGCAGUGACUGCGGGAAAGCCUUUCGCCUGCGGAAGCAGCUGGCCAACCACCAGCGGGUCCAUACUGAGCGGCGGAGGGGAAGGGGCACCCAGAAGCUGACUCGUGAGGAUCGGUCUUUCAGGUGUGGGCAGUGUGGCCAGAACUAUCGCCAUGCUGGCAGCCUCCUGAACCAUCAGUGCACCCAGGAGACAGGCCAGUACAGCUGCUCCUUCUGCUUUAAGACUUAUUCUAACCGCACAGCCCUGAAAGACCAUCAGAGGCUGCAUUCUGAUAGCCGGAGGCGGCGGGCACCCCGGAGGGGAGCAACUGUACGUUGUACCCUUUGUGGCUGUGGCUUUCCUGGCCAGCGAUCUCUGGAGCGGCAUCUGCAGGAGCACGAGGAGACCAAACUAGAGCUGGCCAGUGGCCAGGGAGACCCACAUGAUGCUGAAGGCAGUAAGGAAAACCUUGCUGAUGACUGGGGAGUGGAGGGCAGACCAGAAGGUACUCAGUCAGUACCGCAGUUGGAGCUUGGAACCAAGAGGCCUGGGGAGCAUAGUCAGAGUCCCAGCAGGCCAGCAUGUUCAGAAGUCACAGAAUCUUUAUCUUGGGAAGUGGGGAAGGUAGAUGGGUAUCGAGGAGAAAAGGGACAAAUGACUCACAAUGGUGCCUGGGUUCCGCAGGAUCAGUUAGCCAAGCCAGAAGGCAAGUUGGAAGAUACUGGCUCCAAGAAUUCUUGUCACCUCUCUGAGAGCCAGUCCAAUGAUUCUACCGCAAGUUAUAUGGAUAGCCAGGAUGGUGGAGACAGCAGGUUUCAGCUCCAAUCAGAGAGCCACCCCUCUUGUAGCCAGUGUGGAAAGACCUAUCAACCUGAUGGCCUUUUGAACCCCAGCAUUGACAAGAGAGUUUGUCACAGUUGUUUGCUCUGUUCCCAAGAGAUACUGAAUCCUGUGACCACUAAGAUCCACAACCACAUUGCUGCCCAGACCUUUGCUUGUCAUAACUGCAGCAAAGUGUUUGCGUCCCACAGUGAGCUGGCCAUACACAUGCAGACUCAUGCUGUUGAUGAUAGCCAGGUGCCAGGUCAGGCAGAGGAGACCAGAGAGCCACAAGCAUGGAUGGCAGCAGUAGAUCCCCCUGGUCCAGGGAACGCUCAGGAAGCCCAAUCCAAACCUCGUACAGACCCAGAAGAGAAUGGGGAGCCAGCUAAUGGAGGACAAGAAACAAACCUCACAGCAGCUGAAGACAAGGAGCGUCCCUUUUGCUGUGCCCAGUGUGGGCGCUCCUAUCGCCAUGCUGGUAGCCUGCUGAACCACCAGAAGGCCCAUACCACUGGACUCUACCCCUGCUCCCUGUGUCCCAAACUCCUGCCCAACCUGCUGUCUCUCAAGAACCACAGCAGGACCCACACAGACCCCAAGCGCUACAGCUGCAACAUCUGUGGCAAGGCUUUCCGAACAGCUGCCCGGCUGCGGGGCCACGGGCGGGUCCAUGCCCCUCAGGAGGGACCAUUCACCUGUUCUCACUGUCCCCGCCAUUUUCGCCACCGAAAUAGCUUCCUGCAGCACCAGCAGCAGCACCAGGAGGAGUGGACAAUGUCUAGUUCAGGAGCUUCCAUGGCACCAGCAGCAAGCAGAGGGGACGGGGACUCAUCUACAGCCUCACUCCUGAACCCCUCACCCCCGUGGCCUGCAGACCUCAACUUCUCCCUCUGAACUUCAAGUCUCCAAAGAAGAGUUCACUGAAGCUGGGGUGCAGGCACAGAGAGGCUUCAUCUCCACAUUCGCUCAGGAUUGCUUGGGUCUCCCCAUCUCCUCUUCCCUGAAGAGGAGCUUGAUCUGGCUUCUCUCUCAAGGGGAUAAGGUAGUCUUCAUGUCUGUGUCCAUGAAGGACCUCCUUCCCAAGCCUUUGUCACCAUGUUCUUCCACGGCCAGGCUCUGCCAGAAUGCUGUGCUAGCCAGAUUCUAACCCAGAAGAGGCAUAUUCAGAGCGCACACAGUUGCGUGUGGAAGGGGAGCCUUUUACUAUAGUUUGUAACUUAUUUUCUAAAAUCUAUUUUGUAACAAUUUAUUUAAGUUUUAAAAAAGGAAAAUUGCUCCCCACCCCCCCAAAAAAACUUUUUUUUUUUUUUUCACAACA